AUGGAGCACCUGCACGCCGAUACCGAGCGGCACCUCGCCACUAGCUUUGCGUCUGCCGCCGGACUGAUGCAGCUCAGCUCGGCGGCAGUGGCAGCACACGCAGCAGCUGCCACUGAUAGUAGUAGUACAAGGAACGCCACCGCUUAUAACGAUAGUAGUACUAGCAGUAGCAGCGUCGCAUCUGCGAUGGCCGAUGCGUCGCUGCCUUCAGGCUGGUAUCGGAUCAUCCACGGCUCGGGUCUGCCCUGCUAUGUGCACGACAGAACGGCCGUGGUCUGCUGGACGAGACCCUACCCUCUGGACGUCGGCGGCAAUGGCGUUCGGUCCCAAUCCGAGCUUCAUCGCCUCGUUCAGCAGCACGUGCCCCCGUUGAGUAUCUUUGCUCCAGCGUCGGAUGUUGCCGCAGAGCGGGGGCGGGCAAUGAGCUUGAUUGAUUCUAUGUCCACUCUGACCCAUUAUGAGCCAAGCAAUUCGAAAAAGCGCAAGCUGCACGCGGCAAUAGCUGAGCAUAAAGGACGGAACGAGCAAGCACCGAUGACUUUGGAGGAGUUCAAGCAGCUAUCGAUCGGUGACCCUCGUGUUCUUCAGGCGUGUAUGGAACUCUCGGUCAAGACGCCGGCACAAGUUCUUCAGGAGUAUAAGAACCGACAUCAUGGGAUGUCGAUUAACUACAAUACGGUGUCACUUGAAGACGAUGGCGUGAAGCUUUUCAAGACGAUCGUGAGUGCUGGUAGCGCGUUUGCAGAGGGUGUUGCAUCAACCAAGAAAAUUUCGAAGCAGUUAGGAGCACAGCAGUUGCUCGCGCUUCUGCAUGAACGCACGGCUCAGAGAUACUAUGAAGUAGCGGAAAUGUACAACAACGCACCGAAAGGCCAGCCUGUGAUCACCGGGUCGUCCAAGUACAGAUCAGUGACCAACAGCGAAGCAAAAAGUGGGUCUAGCAAUGGGGAUCCUCGUUUUCGACGUGGUAACAGUGCGUCAAGUCGGGUUCAAGUGACACGCACACCGCCGUCCAAUCAGGAGUAUGUUACUAGCGAUACCAACCUCAACUAUGAACUCAAUCGACACAGAAUUGCGCCUUCUCAGGGGGGUCUGUAUGGCCAACAGCCUAUGCAGCACGUACCUCACCAAGCUGGUCUAUGGAUUGGUGGAGGUCGGCAACAAGACGCUGGGAUGGAUAACGCUGGCCCUGAACGGGUGGUGGUGUACCGGACUAUUCCAGCAAGGUCUGCUGUAACGUAUGGUGACGGACAAUACUACAACAAUACUCAUGGCAGUGAAUUCGCUUGGGGCAGCGAUUUGAGUGCCGGCCACCCUGCCCAGCCGAAUUUUCCAGGGGGUUACUCUCAGCAAUACGGUGGCGGCUACAGGGAAGCCCAGUCACUGCCCGAAGACAGACCGUACGGUCAAAUUCGCACGCUUGGCCGCUCGAAUGCUUCCAUCGGGCGCGUGGCUGCCAAUUUGGGUAACCGUUGUCAAACUAGUCCGAAUGAGAUGUCGAACAGAGGAGUGUGA